UGUCAAAAAAAGACGCACCGAGGUUUUCCCAUUUUUUAAUUGUGGGAUUGGCGUAUUCUCUUAUUAUAUAUGUUCCUAAAUUUUAAUAUUUUUGCCGGAUAAAUUUGUCGCCAUAAAUUAAAAGGCAUACGAUCGCAAAACUUAAAAGCAAAAAAAAUGUGUCUCAGUAAAAGGGCGUCGUAAGUACCGAUAGCAAGUUCAAUGUAUAAAAAGUGACUCAGUUGCAGCACCGUCGAAAGAAGGAAAAAAAAACUAUAAGAAAAGAACAAACAUUUUGACUCACCUUGUUGCUUAGAGGCAGAGAAUUUUCAUCCGACUGAUUUAGUUUUCUUUUCAAUAAAUUAUUUCCAUUUUCGUCUAUCGCCGAUCGGUUUUGUGAUCAAUUUUUAUUAUUUUGUUUUCAUUUCGGUGUACAAAAUAAUCGCAGUUUUUAUUAUAUCGAGUUGAAUCCAGUCCGGUGUGUGUUUUUUUUUAAUUGUGUGUUUCGUGUGUGUGAAUCAAAAAUUGUAAAAUAAAUUCCAAAGAUCAAAAAUCACAAAUAAAAUGGAAUACAAAUUGGUUGUUGUUGGGGCUGGUGGUGUUGGAAAAUCGGCAUUAACAAUACAAUUAAUACAAAAUCAUUUUGUCGAUGAAUACGAUCCAACUAUUGAGGAUUCAUACCGCAAACAAGUAGUUAUUGAUGGAGAAACAUGUUUAUUAGAUAUUUUAGACACCGCCGGUCAAGAGGAGUAUUCAGCAAUGAGAGAUCAGUAUAUGCGAACAGGUGAAGGUUUCCUGUUAGUAUUUGCUGUGAAUAGUGCCAAAAGUUUCGAAGAUAUAGGAACAUAUCGUGAACAAAUUAAACGAGUGAAGGAUGCUGAAGAGGUUCCGAUGGUGUUAGUAGGUAAUAAAUGCGAUUUACAGGCGUGGGCUGUGGAUAUGACUUCGGCAAGAGACGUAGCUAAACAAUACGGUAUACCAUUUGUCGAAACAUCAGCCAAAACACGAAUGGGUGUCGAUGACGCCUUUUACACUUUGGUGCGUGAAAUUCGACGUGACAAGGAGCAACGAGGUAAAAAGCUUAGAACUCGAUUAGGAUCACGGCGUCGUUUUAAGUGUACGUUGCUGUAAUUUUUCUUUCGAUUUAAAAAAUAACACAAACAAAAAGAGAACACUUUCUAUGUGGACAUAUAUACACAACAUAUUCGUUUGUAUAAACAAUAUUUUACAGUUUUUAUUCAUCAAAAAGAAGCAAACACUAAUCAUAGACAUUUUAUUAUUUAAAGUUAAUCAAAAAAAUGCUUAUCCUGCAUUAGAUAAGAACAAAAAUGUUUAAGCAAAACGACUACAUCGACUUUUAUUGAUAUUUGUUUUCUGUUCGUAACUUUCUUCAACGACUGUUUCUCUUCAUUUUGUUACUCUUCGUAACACAGAAAAGCCAGGCACAUGAAUGUUAAAAUAAGACGAAUCAAAACAAUUUGUUGCUACAUAAGGCUCACACAUUUUGAAACAAAAGAUGAAUGAAAACACAAAAAGCUCUGAUCAGAAUAGGUUGACCGAUUUUUUACCUGAAUUUUAGGAUAUCACCCUGACCUGAACCUAAUUUCAUUGUAAUCUCUGCGGUCAUGUUUAAACCCGUAAGGUGUGGUUUUAUGUAAAAUCUGAAAGUUUCGUACAACUUUUUCAGGUAACCUUUCAACGACAUAUUUCAGAUUACACUUUAACUGAUUCUCAUUAUUUAGUUUGAAUGUCAAUUCAGGUCAGGCCAACAUUAGUUCAGAUCAAAAAUGGUUUAAGUAUUUUCAUAUCAGGUUCAGGUAAAUCUGAACUGUUCGAAGCUUUAUAGGGAGCAAGCUUCUGUAAGAUUAAAUUCAAUUUCUUUGAUUUAAACAAAAUGAAAGAAUUUAGCAGAGGAAAACAGAUUUUGUCAGCAAAUAAUAUCUAGUUUAGACACUUUGCCACUCACUUUGCCAGGUACUUCAAAACUUGAUCUACUAAGAACUUUUUAACGGAAAAUUUCGAUUAUUUUUACUUACAGUUGGGAAAGGGCUGACAAGAUUUUCAUCACCAAAACAGGGAAACGUCUUGUCAUGCUAACAACGCUGUUAGUUUUAACUUUAAAAUUUCCGUAAACCAUAAACGUAGCAUGGACGUCAGCACAGGCGUUGCACUGAACUAUUUUUUAUUACAUCUGCAGUGUUUAUUCAGUGUAAAAGCUCAAAGGGUUCACAUGAGCUCGACUAACUGGUAUACGCGGGCGGGCGCACAAGCUCGAUUACAGUAUGAUUUUCCAAAAAAAUACGUUCAGUUAUCGAUUUGGCGCUUAGGAUUUUGUAGUUUGAAAAUCGAACCCUUUCCGAUCGUAAUAACAGUCUUCAAUGAUUUUUGAAAAAAGAGAAUUGUUUAAAGACUGGAACACUUCGACAUUUCAUUACAUUUAAACUAAAGUAAUCGCAAACUAAAGUACUAGAUUUUAUACAUCUCCUUUUAGAUUUGAUAAACUCUCAAAGUAGAUAUAUUUGAAUAAAUUCUGUAAAAUUUCCACUCGCCGUAUCUUUGAACACAUGCCGGUAUAUAGCUGUUGAUACAGUUGUUGAAGAUCUGGAAGAAAUUGAAAUGUUAGUCUCAGAAGCUUUUACUCAAGACACGAAAGAAUAUAGACAGAAUUGAAAUGUGAACACCGUUUUCAUAAAAUUAUGGUUUUCAUGCAAUCAAUCAAUUAAAUUUUUUUUGUUAUUGUUGGUGUUACAAAAUUUAAAAUUUAACAAAAUAGUUAAACUCAUGAUAAACAAAUUCAGUAACCAUAGUUCUUCCUCUUAUUGAGUAAUAAGAAAAAAUAAAAUAAAAAUAAAACAAAUUUCAAAUGUAAAGCUGUAAAAAAUUUAAUUUGUUGAUAAAAAAAGUGAAGUCAUCGUGAAGUCUUUUUAUUAGAAUGAAAGUUUCAGGUAACGAUGACAGAGAAAGUAAAAAUUUAAGUAAAACAAAUUAUAUUUUCAUUAACAAAUUAAAGAAAAGAAAAGCAUUUUUGAGCAUGUGUUUCAGUACAUUAUAAUAUCGUGUAAUCAUGAACAAAAGAGUACAUUGUAAUUAUUAUAAAAAAAAAACUAAAAAGAAAAAUAUGAAAUUUUACUUACGAAGCAUAUUUAAAAAAAAAGUAUUACUUAACCCACAUUUGAUUCCGUAUAAUCAACAAUAUGCCACAAAAAUAUAGAAGAAGAAAAAACAUAUAUUUUUGAAAGGAUAAAACAAAUUUUAUACCGUACAAUAUAUGCAUACAAUUACGCACAGAAUAUAAAAAAACGGUGUACCUUCAACCAAUAAACUUUAAAAAUUUAGUUAAAAAAGAUAUAAUAAAGACAAAUUACCGCAAAUUACUACAUAUAUAACAACAUUUUAUUAAAAAAAUAAAAAUAAAAAAUAAAUAAAAAUUACAAUACAAAAUACGAUGGCCCUAUUAAUUCAAGAUAAAACACAAGGUCCUCAAAAGGAAUUAUCAUUAUUAAAAUUGUGCGAAACAUUUAAAUGAAAAAUACAAAAAAAUUUAUUGAUUAAAUAUAUUAAACAAACGAAGAGAA